GACAGAUGUCCUCUGCCUCUGCUGCAUGCGUUCCCAUCUUUUUUCUAUCUCUCUUGCUUGUCCUUUGUUCACUAAUACUGGCGUCACUUUUUGGGUCUUUUUGCACUUUGUGUGUCCGUUUCCUUCUUUAAUUUUUGUUUUGGGUUUGCAGUGCUCUUCUUUGUUCUUCGUUUGCUGUGAAAAAUGGGUGCCCUGGCUCGUGCUUCUGUUUCGGAGGAGGACGACGAACGCAACAAAAGACUUCUUGAAGCUGGGAAUGAGCUGCUACAACAGCCUCCUCCUUCUAAAGAGGAGCUUCUGGAGAAACUUGAUAAUUUAGAGCAUCUUUUGUCUAUGGUAAAGCAAGUUCCCCCUGCAUCGGCGCGAGAUGCUUUUCGGCCUGCAAUGGAAGCACUAGUUGCAGAUGGACUUCUACGGCAUCCUGACAUAGAUGUGAAGGUGUCAGUUGCAUCUUGCAUUAGUGAGAUCAUGAGAAUUACAGCUCCAGAUCAACCAUAUGAUGAUAGCAAACUUAAGGAAUUUUUUGAGCUUGCAGUGUUGGCGUUUGAGAAAUUGUCUUGCUUGGAUGGUCGCUGUUAUUCAAAAGCUGUCUCUAUUAUUGAAGUUCUCGCAAAGUACCGAACUUGCGUGCUGAUGUGGGAUCUCGAGUUAGAUGCAUUGGUUGUUCAGAUGUUUCAACAUUUUCUGAAUAGUAUAAGGCCUGAGCACCCUGAUCAAGUAUUCAUGGACAUCGAAGAAACAAUGAGCAUUAUAAUAAAAGAGAGUGAAGAAAUUCCAAUGCAGCUUCUGAACAUCCUCAUAAGUAGUGUUAAGAAGGAAAACCAGAAUGUUUCACCUCGUUCUUAUGUACUGGGAGAAAGAGUUCUUAAAGAAAGUGCUGUCAAACUUCAUCCAUAUCUUCCAAAAGCAGUGAGGUCCCUCGGCAUUUCCAUUAACAACUAUUCGGAAGUUGUUGAAUUAAUAUGGAGUGAGGCAAUUAAAAGUAAAAAUACGGGAAAAAGCGAUCAAUUUGCGAAUGGAUCAUCAACAUCACCGGUGGAAAAUGCUCCCGAAGAGAUUGCACCUCAUGCUGCACCUGAGAGAGUUGCUCCGUUCUUAGAUCAACCACCUAAUUUGCUAGGGAAAGAUGAUCCCAAGCAUGAUGACGAUGAUGUCGUUCUGGAGAUGGAUACAACAUUGAAGGAAUCAGAAAGUGGAGAUGCAAUGAAGCAGCAGAAAAGUACCGAUUCAAGGACCACUUCGCAACCUGAAAACUUGGGUUUCAUAAAUGCAGCCAAAAUAGAACUAGAUCCAGAAGCUACUCAAGCUUCAAAGAAAAGAGGUUGGAAACCCAAUUUUCUGAAUAAACCAGAGGAAGGAUAUGAUCAUGCUUGGUUAACUGGAGAAAGGAGAUCAAAAACCCGUAUUCUCUUUAAGGGUUGUGGGAAAGAUACUAAAAAGAGAAGUAGCUGUUCACCUAAAUGUGCAAUCUCCAAAGGAUUGGAUUUUUCAUCUCGUGAGGAGAAGACUCCAAUAAUGACUUCUAUAAAGAGAUGCCAAAAGGAGAAAAAUGACAAAAUAGGUCCUAGUGAUGGUGCACAAGUUUCAUCAAUUUCAGCAAGAGAUGCACCAGGAGCAAUAACCAAGAAGAAAGUCUCACAACCUACAUUGGUUGCUUCAGAAGAAAUUGCUGUUGUAGAGGCAUUAGAGGGAAAACAUGAAAAAGACGACAAGAAAAAUGUACCUGCCAAAUAUCGUGAUAAAAGACAGAGGUUGUCAGUUGAUGAAUCAGGAGCUGAGGCAUUGGACUUUGUCUUCACAAUCACCAAAGAAAGCAAUGCGAAAACCUCUAAGGAUCAACGUAAAAGGAAGAAUUCGCCAUCACAAGAAAAGGCAUUAGGUUCUGUCUCAAACACCAAAGAAAGGAACUCCUCCAAAACCUCUAAAGAACAACGUAAAAGGAAGAACUCGCCAUCACAAGAAGAGGUAUUGGGUUCUAUUUCAAUCACCAAGAAAAGCAACUUCCCCAAAACCUCUAAGAAACAACGCAAAGGGAAGAACUCCCUAUUACAAGAAGAGGCAUUGGGUUCUGUCUCAAUCACCCAGCAAAGCAACUUCUCCAAAACCUCUGAAGAACAACGUAAAAGGAAGAACUCACCAGCACAAGAGGUGGAUUCUGCAGAUAAGCUCAUCAGAGAGCAUGGCAAGGAGCUGGUUGGAUGCAGAGUAAGGGUUUGGUGGCCACUUGAUGAAGCGUUCUAUGAAGGACAUAUCGCUUAUUAUGACCGUUCACGGAAGAAGCACAUGGUAUAUUAUAGAGAUGGCGAGCAAGAAAUGCUAAAUCUUGCAAAGGAACGCUGGGAACUAGUUGACAAUGACAAUGCAUCAGAUCCUAUACAAGAGGUUGUUCCUGGUUCAAGUGAUUUGUCUGACAUGCGCCUUGGUUGCAUUAUUGAUUCAUAUCGCCAUACAAGGAAAAAGAAGAAGGGUUUGAAUGUUGAUAAUGAUGUGCCGGUGCUAACUCCUGGUACUGAAAGCAAGAAGAAUGUUUGCAGCAAAGCAAAGUUAUAUAAUGGGAAAGCAACUGAUGAUCCGACGACUCCAACAAUGACCGUGCAGCAUAAUUUAACUCCAAAAGGAGUGCACCAAAAUAAAGGGAUCAAGGUUGAAGGUUCAGAAUCUGGAGUAGAGGGAAAUCCAAUGAGUUUGACAACACCUAUAAAGGUGUCGCCCGAAGAUGCUGAUAUAUGCAGUGAGCUGGUGAAUGUGCAUGGCUAUAAAGUAAAAGUGAGUAGUGCUCCUAUACUUACUGCCAUUUUUGCCAAGUAUGGUGACAUUACAGUCAACUGUCACUAUAAAUCACCAGCUGCCAGAGCUUCCCUUCUUGAUGUGGUUAGUGAUGUUGUCAGGCGGCUGAAAACCAGUGAUGUUAGUGUUUCUUCCAUUAAAGCUAUGAAAUCUCUAGUCUCUGAUGCCGCAGAUGCCAAGCUUGAUGUAACUUGGUUGCAGCAGUAUCUGGAUGAGAUUUCCGAAGAGGAAGAUAUGGAGAAAAAGUCUUCCUUUUUAAUGGCGUUAAGAGAGACUACCAUGCUCGUCUCUAAAGCAGCUAAAAAGGACUUGGUAGAAAGGAACAGGGAGGUCUUAUCAGCAGAGAAACGGCUCAAAAAGGCUGAAAGGCGGUUGCAAGAGGCCCAAAGCCGAGCAGUAGAGGUGCAAAGGUCUGUCAAAGCAUUUGAAAUACUGGGUGAAAAAGUUCAGCAGGACAUCAAGGAGGUUAAGAAUCAAGCACAAUAUUGGCUGAGUAGGUUGGCUGAGCUUUUAUAGCUCACAACUGUUUUACCCCUACUAAUUUUUCUGAACACUGACGGUUAUCUUGACAUGGCUUAUUUAUAUCUCGACAUUUUGAAAAUUGUGAAGGAUCAUCAUGAAGCUGGCAAGGUUGCACAUGGUUGAAAUUUGUUUUGUACAUGAUGGUAAAUUUAACUCUUUUUGUAAACACUCACAUUUUGUGUAGUAUCGAGUUUAUCAUACAGCAAAAACUAAACUGGGGUGUUUGUAUUUAAUGCUACAACACCUUGAACAGUUGCUGUGUCUAGUGUAUUCUGCCUUCUGCUGCUUAAGGUAAUUUUGAAUUAAUCCCUUGUAAGUUCGAUAA